CGAGUACAACAUAAACUCGAAUUAGUAAACUCUACACAAGUAAUGAAUCAACUAAUCUCCUAUUCCAUUAAUAAAACUCGAUAAACACAUAAAAUUCUCCAUUAAUAGAACUUCAAAUAAUUUCAUCGUCUUCUUUUUUAUUCUCUCUAAAUUGACAAAAUCUCUCUCUAAUGAGAGUGAAUUGAUGGAAUGAAAUAUUUGUGUUUGAGAGUGAAAAAACCCUUUCCAUGGAUUCUAUAACUUCGCCCUUUACUUCACCCUCUUUUUUCUUUUGAUCGAUUCCCAUUUCUUGUUUCUACUGCUGACUGCAUUGCUAAAUCUCUGCUCUUUGCUUCUUUAUUAGGAGGUGUGCUGCUGUACCUGAUUAUCUAGAAUAUCACAAUGUAUAAACAAUCUCCUAGUAGGAAUUAUAGAUCCAAAGGAAUUAGAGUGAAGCACAUUUUGCAACUCUGUGUCUUGGUGGCUGUUUGCUUUUGGUUACUUUACCAACUCAAAAUUUCUCAUGAGAAGAGAAAGGAAUUUGAGUCAAACGAUGAGAAGCUUGCAGAAAAGGUGCGAAGUGAUGGUGUGAUUCGAAGAUUGGGGAGAAAAGAUAUACCUAGAAUAACAGAGAUAGCUAAAAAUGGUGAAAAGCACGAGGAAGAUGAAGAGGAUGAAGACAGUGAAGAGGACGAAAAUAAACACCUAGAUGAUGAAUCAGAACGAGAAGAUAGUUUAGAGGAAAGAAUAAGUGGAGAUGAUGAGAUGUAUGAACAUGAACCUGAAAAAACAGAAGAGGAAGAAGUAGACGAGGAAAGAGAGAGGGAUGAAAACCCUGCUGAAACUGAAGAAAAUGAGGAUACUCAUGAAGAAGAGGAGGAGAAUGAUGAAUCUGGUAAGGAAGAUCAUACUGAACUCGAAGAACAUGAUGAUGAUGAUCGGGACCUUGAUUCAGAAAGAAGCUUCGAUGAGGCCCAAGGAGUGCUAUACAAGGCAGAUGAUGCAUCCAGUGAAGUUGCUCAUAAUGUUCAGUCUAUCAAUCAGAAAACUGAGAAUGUCACGAUGGGCCAUGGACGUGAAAUUUAUGGAAAAACUAAGUUCGAACAAGGGCAUGGAAUCAAACUUUCUGAUAAUACGGAUGAGUAUAUUAAAGAUGUACUACUAAAAGAAAAUGUCAACAGUGCAGCUUCCGAUGCCACUACUAAACCGAAGAUGAGCGAAGUCAACGUGACAAAGCCUGGUGAUAGCUCAGUUCAGAAUUCAACUGUUACCGAUAGUGAACUUUCCGCAACGCUGCUUCCUAAUAGAACACAAACAGAACUUGAUUUCAAUCUGUCCCAAAAUGGCACGGUUGAUUUUAAAGCUACAGUCACAUAUGACAAGAAUCAACAGGAAACUACUGAAAACGCUAUUAAAAUUGAGAAUGUAAAUACCAAUACAACAUCAGCUUCAUCUGAGGCUUCAAAUAAUAAAAGUUUCACAGACGCUGCUGAAGAUAACGCUGUAGGUGAUGCAACUCAGGUUAUGAAAUCAGAAGACGGAGGAACUGGUGACACAGAUGAAAUUUCCGUGUUUCACUCCAAUGACGGUACAGAUGCCAUUCAGCAUGACCCAAUUGAUGCUUCAGAUACUACAAUGCUUGCACAUGAGGAAACAGAAUUCCACACAGAUUUGAACACGCUGCCCGAAAUCAAAAGCAAGGUUCAUGACACUGAAGAUGCUGUAUCAGAGUGAAAGUCCAGAUAUUGCAUGUGAGUACUUCUACUGACUACUGAGUAAUCUUUUUCCCGACCCUAUAAAAAGCUGUAAUCUUAGUAUUUUUUUUCUUUUUUUUACGUAAGUAUGUUAGUAAUCGAAAACAAUGAUUUCAAGUUUGUGGUAAAUGUAGGCGAGUUAAGUUUGUUCAACUACAUGUCUCUUGUUGGACUCGUGCCCGUGGUUGAGAAGCAAAACCUUUUUGUUGGGGUAUAAAAGAUUCCUCAAAUUAGAGAGGGAAAGUAUCAGGUCAGGCCCUUAAACGUUACAGAAAUCGUGAUUAUGGGAUUGAAGCCAUAAGCAAGCCAAAGUGAUUCGAGUAGUCGUCUUACUGCAUUUUUCUUUUGAUGUAUAGAGACCGAGUUAGGGCAUUGGUGUAGACUGUAGAGGGAAUUCAAUCAAAGGUCAUAAGUUCCACUUCCAUACAACUUAUCUGAGCAUUGACUAAACCAGUAUGCACACCUACAGACCACUAUACAGAGAAUCAAUCAAAACUCUGAGAAUUUAUGGAAAUUAUGAAGCACAUUGGGAGCUUCCAUUGCAUUUUCAAGGAAACUCAUUGAGAUACAUUUUCAUGGAAACUCGUUGAAACUUCAAACCUAGUUAGAAAUUGGAACUUCCACUACAUUCCCAACUCAAUUUAGUCUCCUUCAAUUGACUGGAAUAAUACCAUAAUAGAGAAUGAAAUUAGAAGUUGACGGAGUAAGUAACGUAUUAUGAGGUUCCAACCAUCAACUUAAAUCAGAAAUCAGUGUAACGAAAGGUAACGAGUUUGAAUCUCAUUCGUCACUCAUUUCACGUGGAAUAUUAGAUAUGAAGAGAGUCUAUGUUGUAUCCUCAAUUCUAACUCAAAGUGUUCUUGUGUGAGGGACAUGAUAGUAUGAUAAAUAUGUUAUGGGAACCUUUUAAGAUAAAAUACCCCUUCUUAGUCUUCACUAU